UGUCUGAAUCACGUCAGUGCAAUUUACCUCUCUGACUCUCCGAAAAAACCCACAACGACAAUACCAACCCAAAAAAAAAAAAGGAAAGAGAGAAUGGAAAAGACCAACAACCAAAAACCUGUUCCAAAGUCAAACGAACUGAAAUGAAAUCUGAUCGCAUUUAGAACCCAAAAAAAAUAUAGCUCUUUUUCCAGCUUUGGCAACUUAUAUCACAAUCCUAAGAAUCCUAUCAACCAUUUUGGCCUCUCUCUCUCUCUCUCUCUCUCUCUCUCUGUUUAGGCUGUUUGACCUUUAUCAUUCUUGCCCAAGAAGAAGAAGAAGAAGAACCCACUUUUUCUCAGAUGGGAGGUGAAACCCCAAAGUACACCGUUGAAGAAGCUAUUGCGGCCAUGGGGUUUGGAAAAUUCCAAAUUUUGGUGCUUGCUUAUGCUGGCAUGGGUUGGAUUUCAGAAGCAAUGGAAAUGAUGCUACUUUCUUUUGUUGGACCAGCACUUCAGUCUGCAUGGGAUCUUUCUUCUAAUGAAGAGAGCUUAAUAACUAGUGUGGUAUUUGCCGGCAUGCUAGUUGGAGCAUAUACAUGGGGCAUAGUAUCAGAUAAGCACGGAAGGAGGAAAGGAUUCAUUAUCACAGCAACAGUUACUGGUGGAGCUGGUUUUCUGAGUGCUUUAGCCCCUAAUUAUACAUCAUUGAUUAUUCUUCGUUGUUUGGUUGGUCUUGGUUUGGGAGGUGGCCCUGUACUCUCAUCCUGGUUUCUAGAGUUCAUUCCUACUCCUAGUAGAGGCACUUGGAUGGUUAUUUUUUCAGCAUUUUGGACUCUUGGAACUAUUCUUGAGGCUUCUCUUGCAUGGGUUGUCAUGCCAAGGUUGGGUUGGAGGUGGUUACUUGCAUUGUCGUCUCUCCCAUCAUCACUCCUCCUCAUUUUCUAUAGAGUGACACCCGAGUCACCGAGGUAUUUAUGCCUAAUGGGUAGAACAACUGAAGCAAUUGAUGUUUUGGAGAAAAUAGCUAGAAUGAAUGGAACAGAACUCCCUUGUGGCACUCUUGUUUCUGAUCACCAAACUGAGUUACAAGAAAAGAGUAUUGAUCCAUCAGAAGAUGCAAAUUUGCUCUCACCAAGAACUGAAAACGCAACCCGUAAGGGGUUAGAUUCUAAUAUAGGGGGCAUCUCAUCACUUCUUGUGCUUCUUUCACCAAAAUUAGUUAGGUCUACCUUGCUUUUGUGGGUAGUAUUCUUUGGGAAUGCUUUUUCAUAUUAUGGCCUUGUGUUGCUGACUUCUGAGUUGAACAAUGGGAAUAGUAAAUGCAUGCCGACUAAAGUGCAGUCACAAGAGUCCCAGGAUGUGAACUACAAAAACGUAUUCAUUGCAAGUUUUGCAGAGUUUCCGGGGCUCCUCAUAGCAGCUGCAACUGUAGAUAGACUUGGUCGUAAGCUUUCUAUGUCAGCUAUGUUCUUCCUGUGUUGCUUUUGUCUACUUCCAUUGGUAUUCCAUCAGCCUGAGGGUUUAACAACAGGCCUUCUUUUUGGAGCUCGCAUAUGCAUCACAGCAACAUUCACAAUUGUAUACAUAUAUGCUCCUGAGAUAUACCCAACCUCAGUUCGAACAACAGGGGUCGGAAUUGCAAGCUCGGUUGGAAGAAUUGGUGGAAUUCUAUGUCCUCUUGUGGCAGUUGGUUUAGUACAUGGUUGUCAUCAAACAGCAUCCAUUGUUCUUUUUGAGAUUGUAAUAUUCUUUUCAGGUAUUUGUGUAGUGCUAUUCCCUUUUGAAACCAAGGGCCGUGAAUUGAGCGAUACUGUAUCUAGUCCAAAACAUAUUGCUGAAUCAGCAUGAAUUAAGAAUUAACCACAGUAAAUUAUGCUCACCCCCUCUGUUAUACAAUGAUAUAUU